GUAUUUAUAUAGCUUGCUUUCUGAAACCUCUGUUUUGUAUUCGCGUGAGAAGUUAUGCUACGUAUCGUAUUAUGUUACAAACAUAAAAACGUCCGUGGCAUAUAUUAAUAGCAUAUAAAAAUACAUUUUUGAAUAGGUUUUGAGAAAAUAGACUUUUAUGUAAUAAGAAUGGUGGUACGGACAUGCGUUUUAGGUUAUAUUAAAAAACUACCGAGGAAAUUUAAGACUCGUGGAUUAGUAGACAGUUUAUAUAUUCAUGUAAAGGGGGGUUUUGGGGGUUCCGGACUUCCUCGUUAUGGUGGUAUAGGUGGAAAAGGUGGAGACGUAUGUGUUAUUUCGAAAGAAGGACUAACUUUAGAGGUUGUCAAAUCUAGAUUGAAGGAUAAAAAAAUAAAAGCAGAACCAGGAGGUGCAAGUACUUCUAUGGGCAUUAUUGGUGUACCUGGGGCAGAUUUAAAUAUAAAUGUUCCAGUUGGUAUUACUGUUUAUGACACAAACAAUAUUAAGCUUGGUGAACUAAAUUCAGAAGGUGCAAAGGUGAUCGUUGCCAAAGGUGGUAUAGGGGGAUGUGAAGAUACUGGAUUCUGUGGACUUAAGGGUGAAAAUCGAUCUAUAAUUCUCGAUCUUAAAUUAAUCGCCGACAUUGGUCUAGUUGGCUUUCCUAAUGCAGGCAAGAGUACACUUUUAAAUGCUGUUUCAAAGGCAAAACCAAAAAUUGCUGAUUAUCCAUUCACAACUAUAAAACCACAAAUAGGUACUAUAUUGUAUCAAGAUUGCAGGCAAAUUUCCAUUGCAGAUUUGCCAGGUUUGAUCGAAGGUGCACAUGCUAAUAGAGGAAUGGGUCAUCGUUUUUUAAAGCAUAUAGAAAGAACAAAAUUAUUAUUAUUUAUUGUAGACAUCCAGGGAUUCCAAAUUAGUUAUCAGUAUAAGCAUAGAUCUUGUUUAGAGACUAUACUUCUAUUGAACAAAGAGAUUGAACUUUAUAAACCUGAUUUACUGGAAAGACCUUCGAUGAUUAUAUUAAAUAAAAUGGACACAAACGGCGCAAAUAAAAUCUACGACGAAAUUAAAGAAAAAUUAAGCAAUUUGUCAGAAAUAGUUUCAGAGUUUGAUGAAGGUAUGCAGCCAAAAAAAGUCGUACAAUUCGACGACAUUCUAACGACAUCUUUGAUUUCAAAGAAUAAGACCGAAAUACAAGAAAUUAAAGAGAAAAUACGAAAUAUUAUCGACAAAUAUGAAGAAAAAAAACUCUUUGAAAAUUCCAAUUACGAAAAUCAUUUAUAUCAAAAGUUGAAAAAAGAAUCAGCACGAUAUACACCUACGCUUGUAUAAAAUUUUUUGAAAAAUAAUUUUGUUAUAUUCUGUCUACAUU